UUCCGAAUUCCUCCAUUUUCUAGGUCCCUCCCAGGCCCCAAAGAUGGACUAAUUUUCCCACCCCAACCUUCAGCUGCUGCUGCCGUCGUGAGGCUUGCGGCAAGCCGCGACUCGCUUCCCAGCCAUGGCGAGCGGUGCGGUAACACCGUCAGCACUGAAGGCCUUUAGUAAUUCCACGUCAGCAACCGUAGGAUCUCCGAUCGCGUCGUGCGUGGACGGCCACGCGAAGAGCCAAUCCCGGCGCGGCAUUGGCGGCAGGAUCCCCUCGGGCUUCCCGCAGAGCCACUCGAUCGCGAAAACCGUAGCCUUUUCGUCCAGAUCUGUCGAUUCCAGACACGGCCUCUAUCCCGGUCGCUCGUGUGGUAACCCGGUAACGCAUAGGCUGUCGGCGGCGGGUGGCGGCAGCGAAUGGCAAGUCUUCUCGUCCGAUCCGUCCGAUAAUGAGGGAAGCGAGCUGGCGGGAGCAGUCGGAACAACCAGCGGGGAAGGGCUUUCGGAGAAGGCUGUAGCGGGAAGCGCAGCGGGGGAAGGACCAGCGGAAGCGAGCGUAGAGGCUAUCACAGCCGGUGACGGCAAUCCCCAGGUGCCGUUCUCUACCCUCGAUGCCGCCGCCACCGCCGCCACCGCCGCCGCUGCCUCCGCCGCCGCCGUCUCCGCCUUUGCCGUUGCCAGCAGCGUGCGGGACUCGGAGUCGCCUCUCAAUUCGCUGCGCGAUCUGCUGGAAGUGGCGGAGGGUGAGCUAGCCGCGGCGCGGGAUCGGUCUCUAGCGGCGGAGGUCGAGGCGCAGCGCGUCGCGGAGCGCGCGAUCGAGUUCAAAGACGCGGCUGUUGCGGCGGAAAACGCGGUGGAUGAGGUGCUGCGUGACGUGGAAGCUGAGCUGGCAGUCGAGGUGGCGGCGCAGAAGGCGCUGAAUGCCGCCGACGCGGCGUUCGUUGCGCAAGAGGAGGCGGCGGCGGCGGCGGAAGCGGAGUUGCGCGCUGCGCUGCUAGAAUUCGUUAGUAGAGAGGGGGAAGAGGGGAGAUCUGAGGCGGAAGGCGGCGGGGGGAAGCCUUCCGCGGAAAACGCGUCCGCAGAAAGGGUAGCCGCGCUGAAGGCGGCGGUGAAAGAGGCGCAGGAGCUGUUGCGGGCGCGCGGAGAGGAGCUGCGCGCGCGGAGAGACGCGCUGACGCUGGUGCUGGCGCGCAAAGAGCGGCUGCUGCGGCAGGCGGCGGAGCUGGCGGAGCGCGCGGGGGAGGCGCGGGGGAAGGCGCAGGAGGCGGAGGAGCGCGCGGCGGCGAGCAUGGCGGCGGCGGAAGAGGCGGUGGCGAGUGAGGUGGAGGCGAACAGGCGCGUGUCGGACGCGAGCAAGGCGGUCAGCCGGGCGGAGAAACUGAGUAAAGACAUCGCCAAGGCAAGGGAAAAGGCGGCGCUGCUGACGGUGGAGAAGGAGGCCCUGCUGGCCAAUGAGGUGGCUCGGGCAUCCGCUGCGCUGGCGUCUACAGUGAAAGAGGGGAAGGCAGCAGCCAAGCAGAUGCUGCCACGUGGCACUCCUGCUGCAGCUGAUGCCGCUGCUACUACAGCUGCUACAGCUGGUGGGGUGGGAGCAGGUGGGUCAGGUGGAAAGAUAGGCGGUACAGUGGAGGCAGGAGCGGGAGCAGGGGCACCUGAGGUGGGUGUGGGCGCGGAUGGGGGCAGGAAGAAGGAGAAGAGCAAGGAGAAGGCAGCGAAGGGAGAGAGCGCGGUUGGGGUGGGGAAGGGAGCGGUGCAGAGUGGUGGUGGGGAGACGGGGAAGGAAGGGCGGUCCGCAGGGGAGUUAGCGGCUCCUGCUGCUGCUGCUGCUGCGAGCAAUGUGGGGGUGAAGGGUGCGGCUACCAGUGCACCAGGCAUAACAUCAGGCGGUGCUUCUGUUGCCCCUGCAGGAAAGGUGCCUGGGGAGGGAAAUGGGGUGGCACGUGGCAGCCUGGGAUUGGACAAGGCAGGGGCGGUGGUGGCAGAUGGAGCAAGGGGCGAGAGUGGGGCAGAGGUGGAGUUAGAAGGGCAGCUUGAGCUGGAUCCAGUCACGGCAGCAGCAGCAGCCUCUGCUCCGCUGCCCAAACCCUCUUCCUCCUCUAAGCCCAAGAAAUCCUCCCGCUUCUUCUCCGCAUCCUUCUUCUCUGCCCCAGACGACACCGGCACCGCCGCCUCCCCCCUCGCCUGGCUCCAGUCCUCCCUCCCCCGCCUCCUCGCCUCCCUCAGAAGGCACCUCCCCAAGGCCGUGCUCGCGUUUGUCGUCCUCCUGAUGGGCUGCGUGGCGCUGAACGCGCGCAUGGAGAACCGGGCGGCGCAGAAGGGACAGCACAUGCCGCCCGUGACAGUGGCGGUUAUGGAGGUGGAGCAGAGGGCGGUGCGGCCGCUGGUGGCUGAGGUGGCGAAGGCGGGGAGGAGAGUGCGGGAGAUGGUGGAGAGGAUGCCCAAGCACGAGCCGAAUGAGGAGGAAGCAUCUCUUUACGAUGUGCUGUGGCUGCUGCUGGCUAGCGUGGUAUUCGUUCCGGCGUUUCAAAAACUGCCAGGAGGAAGCCCUGUGUUGGGCUACCUGGCAGCGGGGGCGCUGAUUGGCCCGUACGCCCUCUCCAUCAUUAAGCAUGUGCAUGGCACCAAGGCGCUCGCUGAGUUUGGCGUGGUGUUCCUCAUGUUCAACAUCGGGCUUGAGUUGUCUCUCGAGCGUCUCAACUCCAUGCGCAAAUACGUCUUCGGCCUUGGCUCUGCCCAGGUGCUGGUGACGGCAGCAGUGGUGGGCGUGAGCGUGGCUCUGCUGGCGUCGGUGUCGGGCCCCGCUGCUCUUGUCAUUGGCAGCGGCCUCGCGCUCUCCUCCACUGCUGUCGUGCUCCAGGUGCUGCAAGAGCGAGGGGAGAGCACCUCACGCCACGGUCGAGCCACCUUCUCUGUCCUCCUCUUCCAGGAUUUGGCAGUGGUGGUGCUGCUCAUUCUCAUUCCUCUCCUCGCACCCUCCUCCUCGUCGGCUGAUGGGUCCGUGGGUCUGACUGCUAUUGCUCAAGCGCUGGGGCUGGCAGCAAUGAAGGCCGUGGUCGCCAUUGCAGGGAUCUUUGCAGGCGGCAGACUGCUGCUGCGCCCCAUCUACCGCAGCAUGGCAGAGAAUCACAACGCGGAGAUCUUUGCGGCCAACACACUGCUUGUUGUGCUCGGCACCUCCGUGCUCACCGCCCAGGCGGGUCUCUCCAUGGCGCUGGGUGCUUUCCUCGCGGGCCUGCUGCUGGCAGAGACGGAGUUCGCCCUGCAGGUCGAGUCAGACAUCAACCCCUACCGCGGGCUGCUGCUCGGGCUCUUCUUCAUGACUGUGGGCAUGUCCAUCGACCCCAAGCUCCUGGUGGCGCGUUUCCCCCUCAUCGUGGCGUCAAUAGCAGCACUCAUCAUCGGCAAGACCGCCCUCAUCACCGCAAUCGGCCGCUCUUUUGGCCUCUCCACCAUCGCUGCCAUGCGCACCGGGCUGCUGCUGGCGCCCGGAGGGGAGUUCGCCUUCGUUGCCUUUGGGGAAGCCGUGCAGAAGGGCAUCAUGCCAGCACAGCUCUCCUCCCUGCUCUUCCUCAUAGUCGGCAUCAGCAUGGCCAUCACCCCCUGGCUCGCUGGCUUUGGCCAGCUGCUGGCGGCUCGCUUCGACCAGCAGGAUGUGCGGAGCCUGGAGCCCCAGGAGACGGAGACGGACGACCUGCAGGGCCACAUCAUCAUCUGCGGCUUUGGCCGCGUGGGGCAGAUCAUCGGCCAGCUGCUGUCUGAGCGCCUCAUCCCCUUCGUUGCCCUCGACGUCCGCACUGAGAGGGUGAGUGCAGGCCAGACUCUCGACCUGCCGGUGUAUUUCGGCGACGCGGGCAGCAGGGACGUGCUGCACAAGGUCGGCGCGGAGCGGGCGGCGGCGGCCGUCAUUACUCUCGACACGCCGGGGGCCAACUACCGGGCGGUGUGGGCGCUUACCAGGAACUUUCCCCACAUCAAGACGUUUGUGCGUGCGCAUGACAUCGACCACGGGAUCAACCUGGAGAAAGCUGGCGCCACCGCGGUGGUUCCGGAGACUCUAGAGCCCAGUCUGCAGCUAGCGGCUGCUGUGCUCGCGCAGGCCAAGCUGCCGCCAGCUGAGAUUGCUGCCACACUGGAUGACUUCAGAGUGCGACACCUGGCAGAGCUGAAUGAGACAUCAAUCGGGUUUGCAUCGUGACCACCACCAUUGUCCAGAGGCACACACGAGUAGCACUACACCCUAAUCCUUUGCUCCAUAAAUCGCUCUUAGAGAGUGAAGUGUGCUAUCACGGCUAUCCUUUUUGAAAUUGAAGUGUAUGACUGUCAUGUUAUGGAACACCAGAGCUAAUUUGCUGAAUCCCCUAACAUCAAUUGGGUUAGCA